AUGGCUCAACAAAUAAUCAUUAAAAGAGCUUACUUUGAUAAUAUCAAAUUAACGAUUGAUGCUAUUAAUGAAUUCUUUUCUUCACAAUUUAAAACAAAGAAUUUUCCAUCAAUUGAAUCAGAUACUGAUGUUGACGUUGUAAUUGGAAAUAUUGUUGAAUUACUGAAUCAUGUUGAACCUUCAUGGGUUGAUAAUCCAGAUAAAGUUGAUGCAGCUGUUGAAUCAAUUAAUGAAUCACUGGAAGAAAAUGAAGUUCAGUCUAUUGAAGAUUCACCAAUAUAUGAUAGAAUAUAUGCAUAUAUCGGAUAUAAAGUUCUUCAGUUUAUUUCAGAUAACUUUGAUGGUUUUUCUACAUUAUUAAAUGGCAUAUAUACAUUUGAUAUGUUUAUGGAUCCAUCAAAGUAUCAAAAUGUAAUUGAAAAGUUUUCUUUACCAAUUAAUUUAUCUGAGAUUACUCAUCCAUUACCGAAUAAUGAUGAUAUACAUUUAUUCAGUAUUGAAGCAUAUGUAAAUGGAAUCUUCUCGAAUAAAGAAUACAUCAAUACAGGUUCUUUAGUUAAAGAAGAUGAAAUUACACGUAUGCAUGAUUAUCGUAGACUCGAUAAAGCGGAGAUUGUUGUUGACGAUAGAUCUGAUGAAGAAUCUGUUGAAGAAUCAUAUCAUAUGGAACAAUCAACAAUUAAUUUCUUCUUAGAAGAUAAACCUAAACACAUUAAGUAUGAUUCUGCUAAGGAUAAGUUUAUAAUCUCUCAACAGCUUAAGAACUGCAUCAAUUCAGUUGUAUCUGCAAUUGAAAAGUGUGAUUCUACAGAUGAACUUAAGAGAUUAUUCUUAAAUGAAGAAGAAUUUAAGAAUGAUACUAAGGUUGUUAUGUUAGCUAAUAAGUACUCUGCGUUGAUACCACUGCUUGUAUUCAAUAAUCCAAGAAAGUUCUGUGUUGAUGGAAAAGAAAUUGAAAACCUCCAGAACUUUAUUAAGUCAUAUGAUAGUAUCAAAGAAAAGAAUAAAGGUGCUCAAAGAUAUUUCAAUUAUGAUAUCUUUUCAACUUUUAAGGUUGAUAAAGAAGGAACUAUCCGUUUCUUAAGAGAUUUCAUGACAUGUGAAUUAUAUAAUAAUCAAGAAUCUGCAAUUACUAAUAAUACAUUAAUGACUAUCUUUAAUAUUUUCGAUUCUCGUAUCUAUUAUGAUAGAUUAUACAAUCUUAUUCCAGAUGGUACAAAGAAAAGUAAAUAUCCUUCGGAAGAUGCAUUUGUUAAGAAAGCAAGAGCUCGCUUAAAUAAGACAUCACAUUCAGCAAAUGUUUAUAAUGAGAAACCAGAUACUACAGAAACAAUUAAAGACGAUAAGCAAGUUCAGGAAUUUGUUUAUAAAACAAUGAGACAGCUUGGUGAUUGUUCAUUAACCGAUAUGAGUAAUGUUGAAAUGUAUUCUGAAAUGGUUAAUGCGGAAAUUUCCAACAUUGGAAAUAUGAUGUAUAAUAAUGGAAUUUCAUUAGUUGCAAUGAAUCAUAUUAUUCAAGAAAUGGAAAUGGGUGAUAUCCCAGAUUAUAUGAAAGAAAGACUUGAUAUAUCAGAUAAGAAAGCGGAUGAUAUAACAGUAUCUCCUGCAGAUGAUGUUGGUCUUCCUCCACUUGAUAAUCAGGAUCCAGACCCAAAUGCAGAUGCUGAUGCACCAGUUCCUGAAAACUCAUUUGAUGAUCUUGCUACAUCCAUUGAUAACAAGAUUAAUUCAUUUGAUGGUCAAGGUAGAAAUGUAGAUGGUAUGCUUGGUUCAGGAUAUGAAGCAAGAAAAGAACCAUCUGACGGUAAGGUAGUUUAUAAUGUUACAAACAAUUAUAAUUAUCAGAAUUCAUUCAAUAAGAACUCAGGAAAUACAAUGAAUGAUUCUUCACAAGGUAAAACAGUUAAUAUCUCAAAUAAAGAUUCUAAUAAUGAUUCUUCAGUUACAACAGUUCACGGUGGACAACCUACAGCUCCAAAGGUACCUGAAAUUGAGAAACCUGCAGAACCAGAAAUACCAAAUAUACCAGAACCAGAACAACCUAAGAAUGAUAAUAUUGAAAAUGUUGAAACACCACAAAAUGAUGAUAAUAAUACUCUGACUAACAAUAGUAAUAAUAACAACGAACAUGUUGAUGAUACUAUAGCUUCUACUGAUGUUUCUGAUACAGAAGAUAUCGGUGAUAAUGGUGAAAUUCCAUUUGGAUUUGAUCUCGAUUCUUCUGAAGAUAAAACUGAAGAAGAAUAUCCAUCUGAAGAUUCAUCUAAUAACGAUAAAUUCUCAAAUGGAAUGUCAGUUAAUGAGUUCUUCUCAUUCUUAGAAGCUGCAGAGCCCCUAUCAGAUAAUAUGGACGGUGUUACUAAUCAACAAGCAGAAAUGCCUGAAGAAGACCCUGCUACCAAGGUACUUGAUAAAGACAGGGAACGUCAAAACAAAGUUAACAAAGCCAAGAAUAAAGUACAUGCAAAACUUCAACCUGCUAUCCGUGCUAAACGCUGGUUAAGCAGAACAAUUGAUUCUCUUAUUAAGAGAGAUGAGAACCAAGUUAAGCGUGAAAUACUUGAAAACCAUGACUAUCGACAUAGUCUUCAUAAGGCUGCAAGAUUUGCCAUUAAGUCAGGUGCAAUCGCAAUUGCAUUUACUAUUAAUGGAUAUAUUGGAUCUGCAGUUUUAGUUAGUACAAUUGCAAAGGAAGUUGACAAGAAAGAACGUCUUGCAAAAGAAGUUCAAGAAGAAUUUGCAGCUGAGAUAGAAAUUAUCAAAGAUAAGAUUGAACUGGCUGAAAGAAACCAUGAUAAUAAAACUAAGUGGAAGCUUAUGAGACUUAAAUCGAAGAUGGAAAAUAUGAUGGCUAAGAACGAUAUCCAAUCAAGGAGGUGUGCUGAUGACAUGGAUAGAGAAACCAAUUUCUUUCUCUAUAUAAUGGAAGCAGAAACAGAACUCGCAUCAUUUGAUGGUGGGGAUGAUAUGAGCACUUCAGCAGAUCCACCACCGGAUGAUUCAGCACCACCUUCAGAUGAUGGUGCAGAUAAUCCACCUGAUUUAGCAACUGAUGAUGCCGGAGAUGGUAUGUCAUCAUUUGAUGGAUCGGAUACUGGAGAUAUGGGUGAUGAAGGUGGUAAUAAUACCGCGGAUGAAGAUGGUAAUAAAGAAGAUGAAUCAAUGUCUGAUAAAGCUAAUAACAUGCUUAAUCAGAAACUGUAUGAACAGUUAUGCGCCCGCAAUGAUGAAAUCGAUAAUAUCAUCGAAUCUCUACAAGCUUUAACACCAGUGUUACCUCAUGACGUUAUUACCGAAAAUGAGAAACACAUAUCUCGUUUAAAAGCAGCACUCAAUAAGAGUAAAGACUACAGUAUUUCUAAGAGGAAAAUUGCUAUGGCAUAUGGAAUUAGCAAGAACCAUGGUACAUGGUUCCAGGAACAGCAGAGCAUGAUUAACUCUGCUACAGAAAAGGAACUCGCAGCUCUUCAGGAUGGAUUUGAUACACAUUUCCAGGAAGCAGCUACAGCAGUAAAGCAGAAGUUUAAUGGUGUAAACGUAAUUAAGGAUUUCAAGAAGAUGAUGGAUAACCCUGUAAUCAUGCAGGAAUAUAAGACAGAACUUCUUAAUCCAAUCCUUAAUGAACUUAGAAACUAUCCUACUACAGAUGAAUGUGAAAGAGUUCACAUGGAAUCAGUUGCUGAUCAGCUUGAGAAUGCUUGGGAUGAAGGCGUUAAGUCAUUCAUGAUUCAAGAAUCUUACAACGUUGCUAACUAUCUCCCACUUUCAACACUUGAUUUCCCUGCUCUCAUCAAGCAGUACAUCAGAUUCCUUGGUAAGGAUCUUAUCCCUGUUCAGACAGCUAACUCAACAAAUAUUGAACAGCGUAUCUUUACAAAGUAUCUCGUAAACAACCAGACAGGUGAAGAAUACGAGACACCAGCUAUCUACUUCAAGAAGGAUGAAGAUGGCAACCCACUUUGGAAGAAGCUCUUCAAUGCAGGUAAGGGUAUCAGAAUCAAUGAUAAGCAGCCUCUUACACUUGCUACAAUUCAGGCAGCUAAGAACAAGAAGUUCAGCAUGUUCAAGUGGCUCCUCGAUGAUGAAGGACAGCCAUAUGAUAUGGAAACAGCUGGUGCUAAGACACUCAGAACACGUCUUUCAUAUGACUUCAACAUCAACUUCGUAGAAGUUACAAUCGCUAAUACAGGUGAAGAUGCUAAGGAUUAUUAUGUUGCUCUUGCAGAAGAACCAUCAGACUGGGAGUCAGAUAAGACAUCAUACUUCAAGACAUCAGGCACAAACCUCUACGUUCCAGUAGAAGAAGAUGAUGCAUUCAAGGCUAAUGGUACAAUCUUCAAGAUGAUCUCUUCAGGUACAGAAGCUACUCUCAAGGUUAAGCUCCCUGGUGGUGGUAUCGGUAUCGACGUUCAGAACGGUGGUGUAUUCCUUAACGGUGGUAUCACAGAAGACAGAGAACUCCCUGUAGUUAACAACGUUACAAACAAGCCAACAGGCCAGACAGUUAAGUUCUCAGACAGAGUAUCUGGUGUUGUUGAUUUCAUUAAGGGCACAGUUACAGCCUACAUCAUGUGGUGUUGUAACAGAGAAUAUCCAGAAAUCAGAAAGUUCCUCAUCUCUGAUGGUUGCAGAUUCCAGCUUCCAUUCACAGUUGAAGACUUUGCUGAAGCUAAUGCUUCACUCAACUUCAACCUCUACAGCAGACUCGUACAGGAACUCGUAUCAGCUCAGGAAAUGUUCGAAGAUGAAUCAAUCCUCGAAUACCUUGAUGAAGAUUUCGAUAAGAAUGACGGUGCUGAAAACGAUGUAUUCGCUCUUGAAUCAUAUGUUCAUACAGAAUAUGUUGAUCUUUCACCAACUGCACUCUCACCAAACUUUGCUGGAGAUCCAUGGGAAUACAGAACAAAUGCUAUCCACAAUGCAAUUGAAUCUGUAAUCUAUGAACUCUGUGACAAGGGUAAGUAUGACAACCUCGGAUUCGUUAUCUACUGCAAUCCAAAGGCUGCAAGACUCCUCAACAAGUUCACAACAUGGACUGUUCAGAAGUCAACAGAAAUCGGUGGUGUUCAGAUGAACCACGCUUUCGGUGUUCUCACAGAUACAAGCACACCAAUCAGAGUUGUUGCUUCUAACCGUGUUGACGCUUAUAUCACAAUUCCUGCAUAUCAGGAAGGACAUACAGAAGGUCAGGUUUCUAAAGAGUAUUUCUACAAAAUUGUGGCUUACCCAAUGGAUAAGUUCCACAUCACAUAUAAGCACCUCAGAUUUGCUCGUCACCUUACAAACUCACCUGAAAACGCAGCAUAUGCUGACGCUCAGAAUCCUGGUGGAGCAGCUAUGGUUGUUACGACAUCAUCACAGUACUCUGCGUUGAUACCACUG